AUGAGGAUCAUGAACAAGUCCCGAUGGCCCCUCGCUGGGUUUGCCUUCUUCCUGCUCUUGGAGCACGCCGGUCGGGACUUUUCUUUGAUUCCUGAGGGGCCAGAGCUUCGUCGGCAUGUCACGCGUGCGAAAGCUGCCAACACAAUGGAGUUGUCGCCGGUGCACACAGAAUUUCCACGAGCGCUUGUCAAAUCUGCAUACAUUGAUGAGGAGGCGGUGGAAACUGCCUGUGCAGCCUUGGCGGUAAACGUCCUCAAAGGCAAUGUUGGCCAGGUGGAAGCUUUAAUGGUGGUGCUCAGAUCCAUGAUGCCGCCUGAGGAUGGAGCAGCAAAGGCACAGGGUCCACCACCCUUUGCAACCCUCGAGAAGUCAGAGCUGGUUUGGUCCGAACAUGAUUACAUGUCUGGUCCGCAGGAAAAUUUGCGCAUUUUGCAAAGCUACGAGGCCGAAUAUGCCAGACGAGUGUCUUUUUCGGAAGAAGGCUUCCGCGAUCCGAAGGUGCUUGCGGGAGCUCUGGAUCUUGCAGUUGCAUACUUGAAAAAUUAUGCCGUCGACAAGGCUGAUGCGCUGUAUGCCGCAACAGAACCAUAUUGCAUGGAACGUGGGCUUCCGUGGGAUGUCAAGUGGCUCCAGGAUUGUGCCACGCUGCGAUGCAAGCAGCAGAGGCAACCAGAGGCUGCGGUGCUGCUGGAAGAGGUGGCUAAACGCACACCUCCGCAUCCUGCGACGCUGAACAACCUUGGAACUGUUUACAACAUGAUGCGCGACCAUGAGAAAGCUCAAGAGUACUUCCUGGCAGCUCAGCAGGUAGCUGGACAUGAAGAACCUGACAAGGAUGACUUGUGGAACAUGGGGAUUGCCAAGAAGCACCUGGGCCAGUAUGAAGAAGCCCUACCCAUGCUGCUAAAGGCGCUUGAAGGUUGGAAGACUGAAGAGCCUGAUGAUGACGUGACGAUCGCAAAGCUGCAUGACACGGUGGGCAGUUGCUUUGAUUUGAUGGGGAGAUAUGAAGAAGCAGUUGAGCAGUUUGCCUCUGCCCGAUUGCUGUUUGGACGAAGCAUUGGGGCAGACAGCCCACUUUAUGGCAGCGCCUGCGAGGGUUUGACAAAGGCAUUGCUUCACGCGGGUCGGUACGUCGAAGCCUUUGACAGGUUGGAGGAAACCUUCCUGAAUCAUGCGCAGAAGGAUGCAAUCCACCCCACGCCAAUUUUUGAGCUGUUGGGGCUCGCUCUCGAAGAAUUCGUGGACAGAGGUGGUGUGGAUCCGCUGGAGCUUCAGCGGCUAGAAGCUCCUAUGGAAAUCGCCGUCAAAAACAUGGUUUACAGAGGGUUAGACAAAGAUGGCAAUGCUGGCGUGGUCUUCGAACGAAUGGCACAAGUCCUGCUUCGCUGUAGCAUGGCUCAAGGCGAUGAAGCCCGCCAGCGAAGCGCUGCAAGGCGCCGGGAGUUGGCGCGGAGCCUCCUAGGCCGGGCAGCACCACUUGUGGAAGAGACUACUCGAUCAGGAGAAGCCGACUUGUCGCAUAUCAGCGCACUGAUCACGAUGGAGCUCCAGGCUUUGGAUGCUCAGGAUGCCGUGUACAGAAAGGCCUUGGGGUCUGCAGGGCUGGGCGCACCAGCCUUGAGCCUCUGA